AUGGCGGCUCCAGGAGCUCCUGAGCAACUGCUUGCACGACUUGAAGGUCGAAGUUCCUUGAAACAAAUAGAACCAUGCCUGUUUGCUGAUGAAGAAUCACCUGUGCAUGGUGAUAUUCUUGAAUUUCAUGGUCCAGAAGGAACAGGAAAAACAGAAAUGUUUUAUCAUUUAACGACACGAUGUAUACUUCCAAAGUCAGAAGGUGGACUGGAAAUAGAAGUCUUGUUUAUUGACACAGAUCACCACUUUGAUAUGCUUCGACUCGUUACGAUCCUUGAACACAGACUGUCCCAAAGCUCUGAAGAGAGAAUAAAAUCUUGCCUUGGAAGAUUCUUUUUGGUGUACUGCAAUAGUAGCUCCCAGUUACUUCUUACUCUUUACUCACUAGAAACAUUGUUUUGUAGCCACCCCUCUCUCUGCCUUUUGAUUUUAGAUAGCUUGUCAGCUUUUUACUGGAUAGACCGUGCCAAUGGAGGAGAAAGUAUUAACUUACAGGAGUCUACUCUGAAGAAAUGUUCUCAGUUCUUAGAAAGACUUGUGAAUGAGUAUCGCUUGGUUCUUUUUGCAUCAACACAAAGCCUCAUGCAAAAAUACACAAACUCAACAGAAGGACCUUCGUCUGCCUUUAAGCAUUCAAAUAAUGAGGACAUCGACUAUAGACCCUAUCUCUGUAAGGCGUGGCAGCAAAUAGUAAAGCAUAGAAUAUUUUUUUCGAAACAAGAUGACUCUAAAAUGAACAGCCAAUUCUCCUUAGUUUCACGUCACUUAAAAAGUAACAGUUCAAAAAGACAUUUUUUUAUUAUUGGAGAAAGUGGGGUUGAGUUUUGUUGA